UUGACAAAUUUUGAAAAUCGUUUUAAAUGAUUCUAUGAUAUACUAUAAGCACACUCCAUUAAUAUUUCUGGCAGAUUUACUGUAUUAUUAGUAAAAAACGGUGUGAAAGUUUAAAUUAUCAAAACCGCGCCAAAAACGAUGUUUCUGACUCGUGUGACGUCACACACCAGUAAACAAAUUUCUAACCUCUAAAAAGAUACGUCAGUGGGAAUAACACUGAAGAGAAUUUUAUUAAUUUCCUUCAAAUUUAAUGGUUAAAAUGGUUUAUAAAUGGUGUGUAGUGCCGCAUUGUACAAAUACGUCUAUAAAGGAUCCAAACAAAGUAUUUGUUUCUGUACCAACGAAUCCCAAGAGACGGAAAAUGUGGUUACAAUUAGCUAGAAGAGACCCAAAUUGCAUGUUAACGCAUACAAAUGUGUUUAUGUGUGAAGAUCACUUUAAUAUGGAAACUGACACCAAGAACUAUAACAUGUAUAAAAUGGGCUUUAGUCAAAAGAUACUUUUAGCAGAUGAAGCCGUGCCAACUAAAUUUGAUUGCCAAGAGGAUCGCAAAAGACGGCUGUCCGGUGAAGGAUCUUCUCGAAAAGUAUUCCUUAAAAGGCAAAGAACUGAUCUUAUUACAGAAUGUCUUCAAAAUCAAAGUGUUACUGAAACUGAAAGAUUACAAAAAGAUGAAGUUAUGACACAAAUGAUUGAACCUGAAGAAUUACCAAGAACUCAAGACAAAGAAAGUAUCACCAAUCCUAUUAUAACUCUAGAAAAAUCUGUUCAAGUAUCAACUAAAGUGAUAAGGCAUUAUAGGAGCAAAGCUGUUCAAACAAUAUGUCAGAAUAAAAGUAUUUCCACCUCCCCAUUUAAAGUUUCUACAACAUCUCGUUUCACCUCGCCUUUUAAGCCUGAAUCAUGCCGUCUUCAAGUAUCACAAUCAGGAGCUGUUAAAGUAUUUAAAAGAAAUAUUGGCCUUGAAGAUGAAAAAUCUGAUAGUGAUAUUUCUUUGUUUGAAAGUAGUCAUUCAUCUCCUUUUAUACCUACAUCAUCAUCAAAGGUUACUGAUUCCGAUAGUAAUGUGACUGAUACCAAUGAAAAUAUUGAACAAUUACAAUGCCUUAAAAAUACUAUGCGUUUGAUUGAAAAGAAACCUUUGAUGUAUGUUGGUAUAACCAAAGAAUGUUAUUUCCUAAUUCAGUUAAUACAUAAGCACACAAAUAUAAAAGUGGAAAACAUAUUGCUAUGCUUGAAAAAAAUUAGAUUAAACAGUACAUUUUCCGAACUAGAGGAUAAUUUUGGAAUAUCAUUAUCUUAUGCCAGUAAACUAUUUGUAGGAAACAUACCAAUAAUAAGUAGUGUUUUAAGACCAUUCAUUGUAAACUUGGAUAAAAAAAUUAUUAAAAGUAAUCUUCCUAUUGCAUUUAGACACAACUAUCAUAAUGUCAGUUGCAUUAUUGAUUGUCUAGAAAUUGAUAUACAAAAACCAUCUAAGGCUCUUCAUCAAGCACUGACAUGGUCAGAAUACAAAAAGGGGAAUACUGUGAAGUAUUUAAUAUCCUGCACUCCUAAUGGAUUGGUUAAUUAUGUUUCUCAAGGGUUUGGGGGUAGAGCAAGUGAUGUUACGAUAGUAGAAAACUGUAAAUUUCUAAAUGGAUUACAACCAGGAACCUGCAUCUUAGCUGACAGAGGUUUCAAGCAUCUUGAACAAAUGCUUCAUGAGAAGGGUAUGAAACUAUUAAGGCCACCAAGUGUAAGUGCUGGCACAAAGUUAUCGAAAUCAGAAGUUCGACAAACUAAAAUAAUAGCUAGCUUGCGAAUACAUAUCGAAAGGGUAAUAAGACGAGUAAGGGAAUUCCAUAUGCUAAAACAACAUUCAGUGAUUAAUACCAACAUACUUCGUGUGCUUGAUCAUGUUAUUAUUAUUGCAUGUGCUCUAAUUAAUUUGCAGGAUUCUCUUAUUAAAUAGUUAAAUAAUAAAAAAUUAAAUACAGAACUGUUUUUUAUUUCAUUACUCAUACACUGGUGUUAACAUACAAAAUGGGAUAGACAUUGUUUUUCCAAAAUGUAACUAAUUUUGGUAAUAAAGUGCUAAUAUAAGCACUGUCAUAAGGCACUACAAUAAUGUCAACAUUUUUUGUUGCUUCGAACUCGCUGUCAGCAACACAAAAAAAGCACUUCUUAUAACCAGUUGCAUACAUUUGCAGUUGCACCUGAGCCAUGAAUUUUUUUGUAAUAUUGCCAUUUUUUAAAUAACUUUCUUUGGUUUUGGCCUUGGUAGGGCAUUUUAUUUCUAUAAUGGCAUCAUUUGUUAUACCGUCAGGAGAUGCUGCUAUCAUAGGGUAGUUUUCAGUUAUGAAUAGCCCACAUGUGGUUAUUUUCUUCUUUAACUUGCUACUCACUGUCUUUCGGACAGAGGACUCUAAAUCUCUGCCUCUUCGCAUUGCGGCUGAAUCAGGUAUUUUUGCACCCAUUAUGGAAGCAAUUAAAGAGCCAUCAGGUGUUUUGCAUACACUCACCUCAUGUGCCCUAGAAGCAGUGAUACGGCCAUACCUCAUUUCAUACCACAAGCUGCUCUUGUUCUGCUUCCUUGUAGCCAUUUCAACUUCACUUAUGGCAGCUUUAUUGAAUGUGUCUCUCAUCUUUUCUAUUACUAAAUCUACAUCCUGUUUAGUAUCUGGCGACUGUUUCAUAAUAAAACAGUGCAAUGAAAAUUGCAUCACACCACUAUGUAGAAAAUUCUUCUGAUGCUUGAGCAACUCGCAGUUGUGAAUGUUUCUCUUAUUGGCUUCUGCUAAAAAAUCAUCAUAAACUGAAGUUAUGCUUGGUCGGUGAGGGAUUUCUUUUUUUGACAACUGCUGUACAGUAAUGUAUUUCAGCGUUGUACCUACUUUUGACAGAGUAGGUUUUCUCCAGUAGCAUUCAACUGAAGUACAUGCAGGCUCUUCUGAACGGCGAUGGACCCACAUUAAAAAUGCUACAGCAUGCUUGCAUCCCCCAGCUGAAGCUGCACAGUCGUGGCACUGAC